GGGGUACAAAUUAAGGCUUCAAGUCUGGGUUUAGGGUUUCACGUGAGAUUUUCAGGCCGGGAUUGGGGUUUUAAAUGAUGGCUUUAAAACCAGAAUUAGGCUUUGAGGUUUGGGUCAAAAAUGACUGUUUCAAGUGGGUUCGAGUUUUCCAAUCAGGUGGUUGAGGAUUUCAAACAGCUUGGGGUUUUACGUAAAAGUUAGGGUUGCCGAUCGUGGUUUGGAACAAGGUUUAAAGUCUGAAGUUACAGUUUCCAAGUCGGGGUUUCAAGUUAGGGUUGGAAGUCAGGGUUGGGUUUUCAACUUGGCCUUUCAAGUCUGGGUUUGGCUUUCAAACAAUGGAUGGGGUUCCAAAUUAGGGCAUCAGACAGAGGUUACAGUUUCAAUUUGAGAUCUCAAACCUGGAUUAGGGCUUCAAAUUCAGAGUUUUUUUUGGUUUGAUGGUAGGGUUGGUCUUUAGAAUGGGAUUUUGAAGCAUUUCAAGCUAAGGUUUGGGCCUUCAAAGUAUAAAACCAGACGUUGGCUUUCAAGGAGGAGACGGGAUUCAAACCCUGAACUUCACCGCUGCGAGGCACCCCCCACUUCUUCAAAGUAUAAAACCAGACUUUGGCUUUCAAGGAGGAGACGGGAUUCAAACCCUGAACUUCACCGCUGCGAGGCACCCCCCACUUCUUCAAAGUAUAAAACCAGACUUUGGCUUUCAAGGACGAGACGGGAUUCAAACCCCGAACUUCACCGCUGCGAGGCAGCCCCACUUCUCACUCCAUCACCUCACGCGAGUGGCCUCCUGGCAGAUAAGCGCUUGAGCCGACGCUGAUCUUCCGCUGAGCGCAGCAAUGUCCGCUCCAGGCUCUCAGUCCGGCUCACCGACGGACCCUCACCGCCGCACCCCCCCCAGACCUAACCCUCAAGCAGUCCUGUCCUUGCUCGCCAUUGGUCAGCCUCCUCGUCAGGUGGGCCGAGAGGACGCCGGUCACCCUCUCCUAAGUCGAGAGCGAAAAUACUCCCAAAGUUGUUUAUCGGCUGGAGACCAGACCAGAGGGCCGAGCGGUUUCCGGCUUGUUCUCCUGAGCGCGUUUGGCUUUGGCAGAAGGGGCCCGAGCCGGGACCAGAACCAUGGGGGCGGGAGCCAGCGCCGAAGAGAAGCGCUCCAGGGAGCUGGAGAAGAAGCUGAAGGAGGACGCCGACAAGGACGCCAGAACCGUCAAGCUGCUGCUGCUGGGUGCUGGCGAGUCAGGAAAAAGCACCAUUGUCAAACAGAUGAAAAUUAUCCACCAAGAUGGCUACUCUCUUGAAGAGUGUCUGGAGUUCAUCUCCAUCAUCUACAGCAACACCCUGCAGUCCAUCAUGGCCAUCGUGAAAGCCAUGACCACGUUCGGCAUCAAUUAUGGCCACCCCGAUCAGCAGGACGACGCCAGGAAACUGAUGCAUCUGGCAGAUACCAUUGAGGAGGGCACCAUGCCCAAGGAACUGUCUGACAUCAUCCUGCGCCUGUGGAAGGACUCGGGCAUCCAGGCUAGCUUCGACCGGGCCUCCGAGUAUCAGCUCAACGACUCGGCGGGAUACUACCUCAACGAUUUGGAGCGGCUGAUCCAACCGGGUUACGUCCCCACCGAGCAGGAUGUGUUGCGAUCCAGAGUCAAAACCACCGGCAUCAUCGAGACCCAGUUCUCCUUCAAGGAUCUCAAUUUCAGAAUGUUUGACGUGGGCGGUCAAAGGUCCGAGAGGAAGAAGUGGAUCCACUGCUUCGAAGGGGUCACGUGCAUCAUCUUCAUUGCCGCUUUGAGCGCCUACGACAUGGUGCUGGUGGAGGAUGAUGAAGUGAACCGAAUGCACGAAAGCCUGCACCUGUUCAACAGCAUCUGCAACCACCGCUACUUCGCCACCACCUCCAUCGUCCUUUUCUUGAACAAGAAGGACGUGUUCGUGGAGAAGAUCAAGAAGGCUCAUCUCAGCAUGUGCUUUCCCGACUAUGAUGGUCCCAACACCUACGAGGACGCCGGUAACUACAUCAAAGUGCAGUUCCUGGACCUGAACAUGCGCAGAGACGUCAAGGAGAUCUACUCGCACAUGACCUGCGCCACCGACACGGAGAACGUCAAGUUCGUGUUCGACGCUGUGACUGACAUCAUCAUCAAAGAAAACCUGAAAGACUGCGGCCUCUUCUGAAGGACCCUCACGCACCAUCAUCUAACAAUCCUCUCUGCGUACCACGACUUCUACUUUAGGACGACGAACUGUCCCCUCAAAACGUGCGAGUCGUAGCUUUGACUCCUGUGGACAGAACAGAGACUUAAAACUCGGCAGAAUCCCCUCCAAAUAGUGGAAGCUAACUUGUCCCGGGAGGCGAUGCGAUGCAUAGCAAAGAUCUUGGAAUCAGAAACUUUUCUCUCAGAGAUGCACAUAAUGUAUGCACUUGAAGCUCUGUUAGACUAAUAAUGGCUAUGUAUGACAGUGGCGCAGAUUUUUCUUUUCAGAUGUAAUAACGAUUUCAAAGUGAAGAUCUGCAACACGGACGAGCGCUCAACAGUCCCAUGCAGACAUUACCGUGUAAAGCCCGACUCCACUAUUAAAGCUUCUGUAGAGAACAGACUACGUGUCCUUUAUUGUAUUUUUUUCUAACGAGAAAGAAGAAAUAAAGAAAGCAAAGGUGGAAUUACUGUUUAUUUGUCUUCUUCUGGCCAAUUAACUCCCGUUUGUGGGGACAAAAGGACCACAAGACCACCACACGUGCAGACUUGAUUCAGGAAAACACUUGCUGGCGCAUUGUGUGGAAAAUGAAGGUGAGAGGAAAAUAAAGGUUUUAGCAAAACUACCAAAUGUCUUAACAUUUUUUUUUUUUUUUUUUUUAGUGACGCACAGAACCGACAACAACAGCCAGAUGCUUUUGCCAGUUGUGGUAGCACUGCUGUCAUUGUCAAGCGAGGAGGACGCGGUCGACGUGAUCUGGAUAUUUUUCACGUGAGUAGCAAAUGCGACUAUUCGAGCGGUCAAAAUGGUAAAUUAUAUUAAAUGUUCAUUUAUGCUCUUGUCAGUUUCAGCAAGUGCUGAAAUCAUGUCAGAAAAUAAUCCUAAAGAAUGAUAGUCUUUGCCGAUUACCGUAAUUUUCGGCCCAUAAACCGCAACUUUUUUCACACCCUUUCAACCCUGCGGCUUGUGCGGUGAUGUGGCUAAUUUGUGCAUUUUUUUUUCUAACGGCCGCAAGAAAGCACUCGAGCGGAAAAGGUAAGAGUGAGACCGGUGGAAUAUAUGUGGCGAGGAAGUGACUUUUACCGGUACGGCCCUGUUAGCGCUGCGCUAGCGUGUUACUGCCGUGUCUCAGUGAUUUUUACCAGUCUGUUUAUUUUUAACCAGCCCUGUUAGCGCAGCGCUACCCUUUAAUGUUAGCAGAGCGCUACCGUUAGUGUUUGUGCGGCGACACUAGCGUUAAACUCUCUGUGUACCGUCUUUGUAAAUAUCUCGUGUUUCCAUGUUGGUUUCAAUGUGGGCACUUGCAGCUUUUACACGGCUGCGGCCAAUGUAUGUACCAAAUGGUAUUUCCUUUACAAAUGUACUGAGGGUGAGGCUUACAACCAGGUGCGCUCUGUAGGCCGGGAGUUACGGUAAAUUGGAAGAUUUUUUUCAAUUUAACUAAUGAUAAUUAUGAAACAAAUUUCAAAACCAGGCGGCACAGCACAGUGGAACAGCUGUAGAGCGUUGCCCUCACAGUUCUGAGGACCAGGGUUCAAAUUCCGGCCCCGCUUGUGUGUCAUCUGCAUGCCACCAUGCCUGCGUGGGUUUUCUGCGGGUGGGCGCUCCGGUUUCCUCCCACAUCCCAAAAACAUGCAACAUUCAUUGGACACUCUAAAUUGCCCCUAGGUGGGAUUCUGAGUGCGGCCGUUGUCUGUCUCCAUAUGCCCUGCGAUUGGCUGGAACCAUUUCAAGGGUGUAAGUUUUUAAGACUAGGAUUAGAGCGUGUUU